AUGAAGAACUCUGCUUCAGAUCAAGUAUUUUUCAUUGAGAGCGAUGAAGAAGGUGAAGAAAGGGAGUUCGGAAGAAAUGAAAUGGAUGGAAAUGAAUCCGAUUAUUCCGAUGACUCAAAUGACAAUCAAGUACAGAGAAAACCAAGUUCUUACAGCAUGGCGUGGCCUCAAAGUUACAGGCAAUCCAUUGAUCUGUAUGGGAGUGUGCCAUCACCGAAUAUAGGAUUUCUCGGGACUUCAUCGCUCACAGGAUUAGGCAGUUCUUUUCUUGGUUCAUCCUUGACUAGGAGGCACACGGCUGAAUUUUUACCUCCACUGAAAAAGCCUCUGAUACAACCAAUAGAUGAACAACAGCAAAAGAGCUCUAAGACAUUGCUUCCUCCUCACCCGUCUAGGAAGUCUUCCAUGCGGAAGGAUGCUUCAAAGAUUUCUCAUGAAGUUCAUAUUCCUAGCCAAUGCUCUUUUGGACAAGCUGUGCUUAAUGGCAUAAAUGCCCUCUGUGGUGUUGGACUCCUUUCAGUCCCUUAUGCUCUUAAACAAGGUGGAUGGACUGCACUUUCAAUUUUGCUCAUAUUUUCAAUAUUCUCCUUCUAUACCGGCUUGCUGUUGCGCUAUUGCUUGGAUAGUGAACCUGGACUAGAGACAUACCCUGACAUUGGCCAAGCAGCUUUUGGUACCACUGGACGUGUUAUCAUUUCGAUAAUAUUAUACAUGGAAUUAUAUGCUUGUUGCAUUGAAUAUAUAAUUCUAGAAAGCGACAACUUAUCUUCCUUAUUUCCAAAUGCACACUUGAGUUUGGGUGGAUUUGAAUUGAAUGCACACAUUCUAUUUGCAAUAUUCACCACAUUAGCUAUUCUUCCUACUGUUUGGCUCCGGGACCUUCGCAUUCUAAGUUACCUAUCAGCUUGUGGAGUUAUUGCAACGAUUGUUGUGGUUCUAUGCUUGUUAUGGGUUGGCGUGGUAGACGAUCUUCCUAUGCAUACAAAAGGAACAACACCACUUAAUAUUUCAACAUUUCCUGUUGCUAUUGGACUCUAUGGUUACUGCUUCGCUGGACAUGCUGUCUUCCCCAACAUAUACACAGCUAUGGCAAAUCGAAAUCAAUUCCCCGCAGUGCUCUUGAUAUGUUUUGCUAUUUGUACAACAAUGUAUUUCACAGUAGCUAUUAUGGGAUACUCAAUGUUUGGAGAAACUACACUCUCUCAGUACACUCUUAACAUGCCCCGGGAAUUGGCUGCCUCCAAAAUCGCUCUCUGGACUACGGUGGUUAAUCCAUUUACCAAAUAUCCUUUAUGA